AUGGAGGCCACUAACCUCUCCGUAGCCGCCGCGGGCGUAGCGCUUUCCCCAAGAUCCCAGGCCUGCAGCGGCAGCCCAAGCCCGUUCGGGGUUAUCAGAUCGACCCCCCACGACGCAGUUCAGGCUGGCGGGGAACCGCUUUUCUCCGUCUUUACAGUGCUGGUGGUGACGCUGCUGGUGCUGCUGAUCGCCGCCACCUUCCUGUGGAACUUGCUGGUUCUCAUCACCAUACUGCGCGUCCGCGCCUUCCAUCGCGUGCCGCACAACUUGGUGGCCUCGACGGCGGUAUCGGAUGUGCUGGUGGCGGCCCUAGUGAUGCCGCUGAGCCUGGUAAGCGAGCUGUCAGCUGGGCGGCGUUGGCGGUUGGGCCGGAGCCUGUGCCACGUGUGGGUCUCCUUCGACGUGCUGUGCUGCACUGCCAGCAUCUGGAAUGUGGCAGCCAUCGCCCUGGACCGCUACUGGACCAUCACACGCCACCUGCAAUAUACGCUGCGCACUCGCCGGCGCGCCUCGGCGCUCAUGAUCGCGCUCACCUGGGCGCUGUCCGCGCUCAUCGCCCUGGCGCCGCUGCUCUUUGGCUGGGGCGAGGCGUACGACGCCGGGCUCCAACGCUGCCAGGUGAGCCAGGAACCCUCCUACGCAGUCUUCUCCACCUGCGGCGCCUUCUACCUGCCACUUGGCGUGGUGCUCUUCGUUUAUUGGAAGAUCUACAAGGCAGCGAAAUUCCGCUUUGGCCGCCGCCGCGGGGCUGUGCUGCCAGUGCCGCCCUCAGUGCAGGUGAAGGAGGCCCCUCAGGAGGCUGAGAAAGUGUUCACAGUGCAGCACCAGCGAGCAACAGUUGCCUUCCGGGUGAGUGGAGGCUCCUGGCAGGAGCAGAAGGAGAAGCGGGCUGCCAUGAUGGUGGGGAUUCUCAUCGGUGUCUUUGUGCUGUGCUGGAUCCCCUUCUUCUUGGCAGAGCUUAUCAGCCCUCUCUGUGCCUGCAGCCUGCCCCCCAUCUGGAAAAGUGUAUUCCUCUGGCUUGGCUACUCCAAUUCCUUCUUCAACCCCCUGAUUUACACAGCUUUUAACAAGAACUACAACAAUGCUUUCAAGAGCCUCUUCACCAAGCAGAGAUAA